AUGCCAUUUGGCUGUUUAACAAUCGGGGAAAAGAAGGAUUACAACAAUCCUUCGGAUGUGACAGACAAAUAUGACCUGGGUCAAAUUGUUAAAUCGGAGGAGUUCUGUGAGAUAUUCAGGGCCAAGGACAAAACUACAAUGAAAAUGUACACAUGUAAAAAGUUCCUGAAAAAGGAUGGAAGGAAAGUCCGCAAGGCCGCGAAAAAUGAGAUCCUCAUCUUAAAGAUGGUGAAGCAUCCCAACAUUCUCCAACUGGUGGAUGUCUUCGAGACCAAAAAGGAGUACUUCCUCUUCCUUGAACUUGCAACAGGCAGAGAGGUGUUUGACUGGAUCCUGGACCAAGGCUACUACUCAGAGCGAGAUACCAGCAAUGUGGUGCGCCAGGUGUUGGAGGCCGUCGCCUACCUGCACUCCCUGCAUAUUGUUCACAGAAACCUUAAGUUGGAGAACUUGGUUUACUACAACCGGCUGAAGCACUCUAAAAUAGUCAUCAGUGACUUCCAUCUUGCCAAGCUGGAGAAUGGACUAAUCAAAGACCCCUGUGGGACACCAGAGUAUCUGGCUCCAGAGGUGGUUGGCAGACAGCGCUAUGGCGGGCCUGUGGACUGCUGGGCUACAGGUGUCAUCAUGUAUAUACUGCUGUCAGGCAACCCCCCUUUCUACGAUGAAACUGAUGAGGAGGAUUAUGAAAACCAUGACAAGAACCUGUUCCGAAAGAUCCUGGCAGGCGAUUAUGAGUUUGACUCUCCGUACUGGGAUGAGAUCUCUGAUUCAGCUAAGAGUCUGGUUGCACGUCUGAUGGAGGUGGAACAAGACCAGAGACUGACAGCCCAGGAGGCUAUAAACCAUGAAUGGAUCUCUGGCGGUGCAGCUUCAGAUAAGAACAUCAAGGAAAAUGUGUGUGCACAAAUAGAGAAGAACUUUGCCAGAGCCAAAUGGAAGAAAGCUGUGCGGGUCACCACCAUCAUGAAGAGACUUAGAGCACCUGAGCAGAGUAAUUCAAGGGCAACCAGCCCUGAAGCCGGUGCCCCAGCAGACCCUGCAGCUCCUCAGGCUGCUGCUGACCCCUCUGCUGCUGCAUCUGAGGGAGCACCCAAGAGUGCACCUGAAGGAGCACCUGAGGGAGCACCUGCUACAGUCACAGAGCUCCCUGCAGGAGCGGAGAUAAGCCAACCAGCGCCGGAGGACGGAGGCGAGGUGGUAGCCUCAGCCGCAGAGCCACAACAGCCAAGCCCGGCACCAGUAGAGGCUGAGCCCACAUCACGUUGUAAUGGAGAUGCCUUGGCUGCUCUCCAUGCAGGUGCUGAGGCUGGGGAUGAGCAGGGUUAG